UUUCUCUAUUGUACAGUAAGACCCGUUGUCGUCAUCUCUCCAAGUCCAGAAAAUGUCAGUUUAGCCGUUGGUGCCUCCAUAACUCUGACUUGUAAAGCGGAGCCGAGAACUAUAGAUGCAGGAUAUAUGAAUAGAUGGGUCAAGUAUAUUCAGUGGUACAACCCAAAUGGUACAGAGGUUGGAGCAAAAUGCCAGCAGCCUUCAAGCAUAUUUGCGUAUAAACGAAAAUUCAGCUGCCCGUUGGUGUUUAAAAAUUUGACAGAAGACGAAUUUGGCCACUAUAUUUGCCAAGCGGGCAAUCAUUAUAGCAAACAUUGCACAAGGCAAUCAUUUGCAAUAGGUAAGUAUCUCAUCAUAGCUCGUUUAUCAGUCUUUUUUUAUUCCUUUUUUUGUUUGUUUGUUUGUUUGCGUGACGUUAAACACCCCACGCCCUUGUUUGGGAAAGGUGAAUAUCGCGCAUUGGGUUUCGCUUGAUGGCAAAUGUAUUUUUAUUUCUCGUUUAGUUUUCAAAAUGCGAGAUGCAUAAUCGAGUGUAAGUGAUAGUUUCGAAUAGAGAACCUUGUUCGUCGAUAUGGGAGUCCAACAUUAAGGUAGUGGCUAUAACUGACAAUUGACUUACAAGACACGGAAGGCAACCUUGAAUAAUUAAAUUUUUGUUUUCAUUCUCUCUGACAAAGGGUUAACGCUCGAAACGCUGGCUUUGAAACUCUUUACGGUAGCCAAUUUACAUUUCAACUCAGUUGAGGACUCCAAAUUACCUUGUUGUAAUCUCCCACCGACGGAGCACCACAGUUUCUUUAGGAACUUAACCCCUUUAUUUAUUUUUAUUUUUUUGUUUGCUUGUUUGUUUGUUUGUUUGUUUUAAUAAGUUUCCAGAAAAGGAAAGAUUGAAUUAAAUGUCAAGAGAAUCAAUUGACUUUAAGUACUUCAUAUUUUGUGGAAGAGGAACUGGUUCCAGGCCAAACGUUGCUAUUCUUUAGUAUUUAAGUCAUCUAAGGCCGGAAAAUGUAAAGGGAAUCCUUUCCUCUCUCUCUCAAAUCCCGGUGAACCUUAUAUCUCCAUGGAAAAAAGCGUAAACAGUCAGUUCCCCGUUAUCGGCCACUCUCGUAAACGGAUGUUUCUACUUACGGACACUUUUCUCAAUCCCUCUUUUGACACUUAAGAAAUUGAAAAUGCGAAUUUUCUUUUGUUUGCGAUCUCUCGUAAGCGAAACCCCAUGGAUAAAUUAUUACUCUAGGCAAACAAAAUUUUCUUGACGUUGCAAAUCAGCAAAAUAUGAGUUUCAAUUGAUAGAGAAACAGAACAGUUGGGAUCAGGUUUGUUACAUCUCCAUUUCUCAGCGGGAAAGCGAGCUGUUGGAGGCAGACAGUUCUACUAACGGGCACUUUUUCCAAUUCCCGAGUGUGUCGUCUUAGUGGGAGUUGAUUGUAUUUAUACAAGUGCACACUUUCCCUCCAGGCGCUGCACCAGUUUUUUUUAGAGGUUCCAAUGAAUCAAAGUGUUUACAUAGAUUCCAAUGUCACUUUCGAUUGCAAUGCUACUGGUCUUCCCAAGCCAAGUAUCUCAUGGAUCAAGAACGAUGAUUUUCAUACCUUGCAAUCCAACUCAAGUGCAAAGGACAAGAAAAGCAUCCACAGUGAGCUCUUCAUAACGAAAGUGAAGAAGGAGGAUUUUGGCGUAUAUAAAUGUGUGGCAAUGAACAGCGUUGGAAAAAAGGUAUCAUUAUUGGCCGUCUUGAGCCCGAAAGGUGAGAAAAAAACUUUCCAUUUACGACCCCUCACAAGUUUUAACCAUUUAUUAACAGUAGAGCGUCCUGUGCGAGAUAUUAGGUCUCAAGUGCAUCAGUUGAAUCCUGCUGGGAAAUCAUCUCCCUAGCUAAGCAACUUUCCGACUUGACUUCCGCUUAUUGACUCAGAUUAGACCCCAUUUUUAAUAUCUGAUCUGCAGUAAGCGACUCACUCUAAGCAGCCUCAUAGGCUAAGCAUUUUUUUUUGUGUCGAAGACGAGAAGUUUUAGCGUGAAAAGGAAUAUUAAUGUUAUCGAAAUUCAAUUAAAAUGUACAGCUAAAUACUAAGACUGUCCGCUGAUUUUUAUUCUCUAUUCAGUUUCCCUUUCUCUGCCUUUUCGGUAAAAUAAUUCUUCCACCUACGUUUCGGAUUUCUCAUAUUUUACAAAACUACUCCCUUCUAUUGAGUUUCCCACACAUUGUCAAAUACCAGAAUAAACAUGUUUUUUGUUAUUCUGGAGAUACCCAUAUACCUGAGUUAGUUGAACAUCCAGUAAACCGAAGUGUCUUGAUCAAUUCCACUGUAACUUUUAAUCGUGCUGCUAACGGUCUUCCGAGGCCAACAACUCAGUGGAUGAGGGACAAUAAUUUAUAUCCUCUAAAAUACUCAGAGCAUGUCUUGUUCAAGACGACAAAAACAACCGCUUAAAAUAACAAAUGUACAGAAGGAAGAUUAUGGAAAAUGUAAGUGCAUUGCAAAGAACGUCGUUGGUGAAAAAGAAUCAGGAGUCGCCAUCCUUAUGUGGCGACCCGGUUUAGUUUGUAUCUAGGACUUGACUUCAUCCAUGUGGAAACACGGUAGAAAAUCUUUUUUAAAGAUCUCCAUGACAAGGGCAUGAUUUUUCAAAUAGGGGAAAUUCACUUGGCUCUGUACUAAUUGCUAAAAUAGUCUCAUUGAAACAUGAGCUAUGAUUACUACUAAGGUUAUGCCUCUUGAGUCAACGCGAAUGGAGAGAGUGUCACAUUUGCUCCGCUUGCUCUAUUAUUACAGAUGCUUUCCGAACAUAGCAUCCAUUUCUUCUCACCUUUUAAUUGUAUUUUUUUUUUACAGAAAAACGAGAAGACCUAAAAAAUGAAAGUAAUUCAGUUAGUUCCAACGGAAUUUUCAGCCUCACUGCCACUUGUCAUUCCAAGCCAAACAAGAACAGUGAUUCAAAUGUUUCAAAAGGCAAUUCAAGGGUGAAGGUCACUGUAACUUCAGAUGCCCCAGAAUGCCACAGCAUACUAAGCAUAAAGCUUAUAAACGAGAAGACGAACAAAGAUGAAGGUACAUAUCAAUGCCGAACAGCUGGAAAGGCAAAACUGGCCUCUUUACACGCAGAGGAAGGCAAGUUCUUGAAAUCAUAGGAACAUUUCAAAUUGUCCUUUCGAAAAAUAUAUAUCGAUCUCACUAAAAUUUAAAUACAGGCCAUGUAAUAAAACGUAUAAAUUCCCGUUCAAAACACUGUGAGUAAACAUUUUCAAACUUCUUUCGCUGCAGCUAACACAAUGGGACUGAGUCGGCAAGACUUAAAUACAUUUUUGCGAUCACCUUGCCUUAAUAUUCUUCAUGCAUGCGUGUCGUAACUGACUAUCAUAGUAAUAUUUGCCAUGCUAAACUGUACUUAUAAUUAGUAUAUCAUACCAUCACAGUUUCCUCCAAUAUGAUUGGUGGAUGACCUGCCUUAAUUUUUACAACUUCAUAUUGUUGUAAGCGGAGAGUUGGUCGUAAUCGGACACUGGUAAUCAAACAGUUACAUCAGCCAAUCAAAUUGAACAAGCUCAAAUAAAUCUAUCAAUAACAGAAUUGAUUACAGUAACCAUAGAAAUGGCAUGCCAUCCAAAGCUGAGGGUUCAAAAAAUAUUGGAAGCUGUCUUUAGAGCACUUUAGUUUUUAUCUUUUUCAAAAUUGUAAUCGCUAAGUGAUUAACGAUUGGAAUCAGAAGUUCUUAUAAUAAAUAAAUAAAUUUUGCUUUCCUCGGAUAUUUUAGUUGUUACAAUUAAUUGACAACGAGAUGUCAUCUCAUCCCAUGCGGUCAGUAAUCAUAAUCAUUGGCAAAUCGGACUCGCUUUUCACGGUCGUCCAAUUUGGUUAAUCACUCGUAUGGUCACUAACCUAAUUGGACUACGCACGGUCUUUUUUUUUAAUCAGUACGACGAAAGAUGUUGGCCAUCAAAGUCUUUUAAGUUUUAGUUUGAUUUUUCGUCUUAUCUCACAGAAAUUACAGAAACAAGACUGCACGAAAGCUCAACUACUCAGAUUGCGAUAGCAAUCGCUGCAUCUUGUAUGGUGGCAACCUUGCUUAUCAAUGGUGUUUUGGGGUUUUUGUGGCACAAGCAAUUUAAAGGUGGCAGAAAGGUAAUAUUUGUGGUUUUUAGGUUUUUUUCGUGUGUGGUUGUUUGCUUUUCCGUUCACGUUUACUUAUUCUUUUUCGUCUAAGAAACAAGAAUAUAGCAAAAAUAUCCAAACAUAAAAAUUAAAAACUUCGCGUCCAGGUUCCUAUUAUCUUCACUUUAAAUCUUUAAGGGUGCAUCCACACGUGCGUUUUCGUUCGAUAAAUAAUUCGUUUUAGACUCACUCUUGCCUGUCAUCUACACUUAAAAAAAAAAAAAAAAACACGCGAUUGAAACAGCCACUUUCAAACUGGCCUCAAAGUGAAAUUGAUAAACCAAUUGUUUUUCAAACGUUCCAAUUCUAUUCUUAAAUUCUUCUCACGAACAAAGAAAAUCCCAAGACAAUGAAAAACAUUACAUUAACACGGUUCUAAAGUUCCUCAACGGUAAUUUGUCUUUUCUCAUUUGAUAAACGUCAGUUGCAAGGACAGCGAAACGCCGUUAGGGUCCAUAUGAGCAAUGGCAGAUACCCAACAGUCUUAAUUGCUGAAGAGCCCUUGUCUUUUGGAGCAAAGAACAUGGGAAGGGUGGACGAAAAGAUCCUGCUGUGUGCGGUGGAGAAUCGUUUGGGUGGCAUGGAACAUUGA